UAAAAGUAAGUAUAAUAGAUUUUGUAAAUCAGUUUAUUGGUUUCUUUAAAAAAAGAACUCCGUUAAAAAAUAUUUUUAAUUUAUAUUAUUAAAUUUUUAAUUUAUUAAAAAAAAAUGUCUGCUGUCGGUCCAAAUCCAAGUCGUGUUAGAUGUCCAUCUUGUCAUGCUGAAAUUACAACAAAUGUAAAACAUGAAGCAACAACAAAAACACACAUAAUGGCAUUAUUAUUAUGCCUAUUCCUAUGUUGGCCAUGCGUUUGUGUACCAUAUUGUAUGGAUUCAUGUCAGAAUGCUAAUCAUUAUUGUCCAAAUUGUAAUGCAUUUAUCGGAGCUUAUAGUUCAUAAAAAAUAUUAUAUAACAAAACAAAAAAAAAUAUAAUUUAAUAAUUUAAUUUAAUUUAAUAAUAUUUUAAAUUGUUAAAUUUAUAUGUGUCAUAUAUAUAUACAUUAUCUAUAGUGUUUUUAUUAAAUAGAAUAAUUUGAAUAUUAAGUGUAUAUGUAAAUUAAAAAUAUGAAUAAAAAUUAAAAUAUGGACACGUAUGCCAUAUUUUA